GGUCGAGGCCCCGGCACUCGGCUGCCAGACCGCCCCAGCACCCGUCAUUCGAGAGUCUCGAGGAUAGGGCCGCAUCUCGUAUUACCUGGUCCCUGCAGCGGGUCGAGGAUUGGCUGGCAGGGACUGGGGACAUGCUGGAAAGACAGCUGCACUGGGCCGCUCCCCCAAACAGGACACUGGGCAGAAAAAAGUCAAAAUACGAGUCGACAGACCCAUCGUGUGUUUUGUCCAGUGUGGACAGCGACUGUUCACCGCGAAUAGGGACGAGAGGGUCUGAUAGGGUGACAAGCUCGCUGUUUCAAACGCACGCAAACAGAACGUCAAACGGGUCAGACGGGCUAAGAAAACAUACGGGCGGCUUCAGGUGCGCAACGCUCCAAACGGGCGACCAUCACAGCCACCUCCACGUACUCCGUAGCAGACGUGGGACAAAAGACCAAAGAGUGUCUUCCAGGUCAGAUGGAUGCGUGAGCCCGCACACGUUGUACAGUUGCACCUCGCCGUUGGACGUGUUCCACACCAGAUUCAGGUGCGACGAAGCUCAGGGGAGAUGGCUCUCUUAUGCAAAGAGGUUCUAUCGACAAACGGACACCAGGCGGUCGACAAAGACAGACGCAGAGGGAGCGAUAUUGAGGCUCUAUUGACGGGAGAGGCAAGCCAAAAGCAAAGAUGGUCUUAUCAGCUCCCUUGGGGACACCAUGCCUGCAAAGCUGACCGGACCGGCAG